UCUUCUUGUCGGCACACCUUGUCACCACGUCUGCCUUGCCGAACGUCUCUCUGCGUCUCGCCUUGCACCACCAAACAUCCAGUCAUGAAGUCUUUCGUCGUUUUCUUGGCCGUUCUCGUCGGAACGGCAGUCGCCAAGCCGAAGACAAUAUCUUCCGAUGAACUGAAGCAACAGAACAAGGAUAUCUCGUCCAAGGAGUACCUGAAACGAAUCUUCCAGCAAUCUCUGGUCUCUUUCGUCGGAAAUGACGCCAAAGACAUUGUCGGGAAUCUAGAAGACCUAGGGCUUCACCAGGCAGCGACCAUCGCCAAGCAGGUAGAACUGAUGCAGAUACUUCGAGACAGUGACCUUCCAUCUGUCACAUUGUUCAUGCCCAGUGACGAGGCUGUCCAGAAGUGGAGGCAGGAGCUCCCCGGAAGACAGAUGCCAGAGAAGGAGAUCUUGAAGAAUCUGGUCAAGGCUUGGAUCGUUCCAAGGCCAUCAGAGGUCACUAAUAACCAGAAGGUACAAAGCUUGAAUGGUGCCAAGCUGAGAUUCAACGUCUACAGUGAUGUCGAGGGUGAAAAGGUCAUCACCGUCAACGGUGCUCGAGCCACUCAAGCCAUUCUGUGUCCCGGAAGUGAAAUCGUCCAGAUCGUCGACAAGGUCAUCUAUCCACUUCCUGUUGGUAAUGUCAUCGAUACCUUGGAAGAUAACGAAGCCUUCUCCGUCAUCGUCGAUCUCGUUAAGCAGGCCGACCUGAUAGAACUUGGUGUAUAUGAUCCCAUAACGGUUAUCGUACCCACCAACGACGCCUUCAAAGCCCUCCCAUCCGGUGUCCUCGACGACCUAAAACGCGACAACGACAAACUCCGUAACCUACUCAAAUACCACGUGAUCUCUGACGUCAAAUAUUCUGUUUCCUUGUCAUCUGGACAGCGCAUCCGUACAGUACAGGGGGAUGACAUUUUGAUUACCCGCGAUAAUCAAGAUCAAAUUAUCCUGAACGAGGAUAGAAAGCAGUCGGAAGCUCCACGAGUGAUCUCACGUGAUAUCCCGACCACCAACGGAGUCAUCCAAGUGGUCGAUAGGGUCCUUCUCCCGCCUCAAAGACACUUCGUUCUCGUAUAAACCAGACCAAAUUGGCGAUCGGCACCAUACAUUGAUCGUUAUCACAUAUCACCAUUAAUUUCAAACUUUAAAUGAUUAUUUGAAUAAUUCUGU